AUGACGGAGGAUUCAAAUAAGAAGAAAAGCAGUGCCAAGGCAUCAUCUGUGUCAUUCAAGGCAGCCUCAUCCUCCUCUUCAUCUUCCUCGUCCUCCUCCUCUUCGUCCUCUGAGGAUGAGAGAAAGAAAGUGAAGAAACACAAGAAGGAUAAGAAAAAGAAGAAGCUGAAUAGGAAGAAAGGGAAAAAAGAGAAGAUGAGAGGGAAUGAAACAACAUUCGGACAGAGAGCGGUAAAUGCACAGCAAGUCUUGAAAAGAUACCAGAAGGUCUUACACGAAUACAGGAGAGGGAAGAACUUGAGAUCUGCCUACAAGGCUGUCAGUGUGGACAGGAACACAGUGGUGGCCAGUGCUCCGAUCGCUGAGCUUGCCAUUGUGUCUCCAGCGAAGUAUGACAAACUCCUACAAGGCCAUUCCAGACAGCAGAAGCUGCAGACUUUUGCCAUGAAAUGUUCAGACGCAAUAAGCAACGACACUCCACUGUUGUCUGAGGUUGAUAAUUUGAAAAAAAAAAGGAAACUUCUCCCCAUAAUUAAGAGAAAGUAAAAA